AUGAGCCCAGGAAGAAGAAUAUGUCUCGAUCUGUUCCGCAGGUAUCCGGCAGAGAGGCGCAGCUCAAGGGUUCCCAUCUGCCGUCCCACAGAAGAGAAAAUCAGAGCCCACCUGCCGGUCUCUUCGAGGAGGGAAAAUCAGGCAAACAGAGCUCACCUGUUCUUUCGAGGAGAGGAACCCACUCAAACAGAGCCUACUUACCGGUUCCUCGAUAAGGGAGGACCACGCAAACGGAAUCCAUCCACCGUGGAGGAAAGAGCAAGUAUCAUUCCUCAUUUAUCGCGAAAGGUUGGCGAGGAGGCACGCGGACCGGUCCCAUCGAGAGGAGAAAAUCAGGCGGACAGAAAUUACCUGGCAGUUCCCUCAAGAAGAGAACCGCCAGGUAAGCUCUGUUUGCCUGAUACUCAGAAGAAACACUCGAACAGAGCCUACCAGCCGGCUCACUCGAGGAAAAGCCAGGCGAACAGAGCUCAAAUUAGCCAAACGGUUCCCACCUGCCUUCCCCCGACAAGAGAGCUACUCAAACACAACCCACUAACCGCUUCCCGCGAAGAGGGAAAACCACGCGAACGGAAUCCAUCUACCGAGGAGGAAAAAGCAAGCCUCCUUCCUCGUCUUUCGCGAAAAGUAAAUCAGGCAGACCUCAAAGCGAGGAGGCACGCGCACAAAGUCCAGCUACUAAAGACGAAGGAGGAGGCCAUCAUUCCCCGACUUCUGAGGCAAAUUUCGUAG